ACUUUGGUGGCGGUGGCUGCAGCGGGAGGGGGAGGGGCAGGGGUGGGCGCUUGACAGCGGGGGAGGGGAAGGGAGCAGAGGAAAGGGGGGAUGGGAAGCGAGGCAGGAGGGGGAGGGGCUUCGGCGAGCCCAGAAAAACGACAACGCGAGAAAAAUUAGUAUUUUUGCACUUCACAAAUUAAUGACCAUGAGCUCGUUUUUGAUAAACUCCAACUACAUCGAGCCCAAGUUCCCUCCCUUUGAGGAGUACGCGCAGCACAGCGGCCCGGGCGGCGGAGACGGCGGCCCAGGCGGGGGCCCCAGCUACCAGCAGCCCCCAGCGCCCGCGGCCCAGCACCUGCCGGCGCAGCAGCCCCAGCUCCCCCACGCGGGCAACAGCCGCGAGCCCCCUGCCUCCUACUACGCGCCACGGGCCGCCCGCGAGCCCUCCUACCCUGCGGCCGCGCUCUACCCCGCGCAUGGUACCGCCGACACCGCCUACCCCUAUGGCUACCGCGGUGGCGCCAGCCCGGGGCGGCAGCCACAGCCCGAGCAGCCCCCGGCGCGAGCCAAGGGUCCUGCGCACGGCCUGCACGCGAGCCACGUCCUGCAGCCCGGGCGGCAGCCCCCGCCGCCGCCUCCCCCGCAGCAUCGCGCGGCGCCCCCUGCACCCCCGCGGCGUUGCGAGGCGGCUCCAGCCACCCCGGGCGUCCCGGCAGGGGGCAGCGCCCCCGCGUGCCCGCUGCUCCUGGCCGACAAGAGCCCGCCCGGCCUGAAGGGCAAAGAGCCUGUGGUGUACCCCUGGAUGAAGAAGAUCCAUGUCAGCGCCGUCAACCCCAGUUAUAACGGAGGGGAGCCCAAGCGCUCUCGAACCGCAUACACCCGACAGCAGGUCUUGGAGCUGGAGAAGGAGUUCCACUUUAACCGCUACCUGACCCGGCGGCGCCGCAUCGAGAUCGCCCACACGCUCUGCUUGUCCGAGCGCCAGGUCAAGAUCUGGUUUCAGAACCGGAGGAUGAAGUGGAAGAAAGAUCACAAAUUGCCCAACACUAAGAUGCGGUCCUCCAACUCGGCCUCGGCCUCAGCAGGCCCGCCAGGGAAAGCACAAACUCAGAGCCCGCACCUGCCUCCCCACUCCCACCAGGGUGCCUCCACACCCAUUCCCUCCUCCAUAUAAUCUUCUAGAGAUCUAGACCAGUUUCAUUCCCCCACCUGCUUCCCCCCCCCCCUCUUCUGCCCUUUUCCCCAUACUCCUACCUGUCUGGACCAUAACAGACCCCCAAACAAAACCCAACUUGGUGAAAAGGAUAAUAAAAAAAGAAGACGUUAUGUUGGUAAGAGUAUGUGCUGGUUGCCACCUAAGAGAAGACAAUAGCCAGGAUGCUGGCUGAUGUCAGCAUCAACCUGAUGUCCUGAAUAAGACUGCAGGUUUGGGUACCUGAGAAGGACCACUUGGCAACAGAUACUUUUGAGAUGGCUAAAGCCAGCUGGACAGCCCUUGCUGACUAGGCACACAUAUAUGUAUAUUUGUUGCAAGCAGAAGAAAACAGACCCUUUUCCCACCUUCCCUACCUCCCCCUUCCACAUUAAGGCAGCUCAUACAAGCUUGUAUUGAACUGAAUAAAUGAGUAGACAUUGUGGACCUCACAAGAUUAUUUAAUUCUCAAAAUGUAUAGACCUUGAUGGUAGAUGUGACACAUGUUAGUUUCCCUUCCUUGCAUUUAUUUAAAAUAUUGUUGUAGAGUUGUUGUUGUCUUACUCUGAGGCACAAUCUUGGGGGUUCGGGGAGUGCAUUUAGACCCAUGUGCAACUGUACAAAUUGUGGUGUGGCUAUAUAGAAAAGCCAUGUGCUAAGAAUAAACUCUGUUUAAAAAAACCAUUAAAGUUCUAAGACACAUUUGUGUGUUUCCUACUUUUAAUUAAAAAAAAAAAAGUUCUCUGGAUUGAGAUGUUUGACCUUGCAUGUAAAAAUCCUAUAGAUGGCUCGAGUUAUGUUCACUUGGAUUCUGACUGCUCACAUAAUUUGUGUGAGUGUGUUCAACUCGAGCUGAACUCUUGUCAAGUUUGACCCACUGUGGGAAAAGUUCCAAAGAGCAGGGAGGCUCUUGAGCUCUGAGAGGGCUCCUCUUCUUCCCAAACUUGGCCAGGCUUUCAGGCUUCAAGUCUGUGUAAGGCAUAGAAACGUGUCCUUCCCUGCAAUGAAAGGUGAAACCGCGCAAUGCUGAGGGCCCAGGGGUUUCUGCAGCUGUUCUACACGCUGAACUCUGAGCACACUUGGAAAGAAGUGGUCCCUUUGGUAUUUAUUGCACCUUCACACUUAAUCUGCCUGUUUCCCUGGAGAUAAAAAAAAAAUAGUUUGUGCGGAGAGUUGAGAUUGCUUUUUGUUUCUUGGAUAUUUUUAAGGUUCUCUUUGCUAACUACAGCUUGGGGUUUUUUGUUUUUCUUUUC